AUGUGUAAUUGGUCAAGUGGAUGUGGAAGUAGCGACAGUGCUCGUUGCAAAUCUUGUGGAGCUACCUUGUGUAAAAACUGUAAAAGAAAUUUAAGUACUGGCGUUCCUCCAUUGCAAGGUAAUGCUGCAGCAUGUGGAACAUGUGGCAAUAAUUAUUAA